UGGAGUGGGAGGGGUUUCGCGCAGUCCUUCCACACCUCUACAGUUCAGCUGUGCGCACUGCAUGAAGAGCACUACACGCCCCCGCUGAUCAUCAGUGCAGCACUUAGAAAGCGGAGAUCUCCAUCAGUAUGCUGUGCUUCUUAUCGUCUGUGAGGCUCACGUCAAGCCUUCGCAGGUACAUCGGUGUGCAACGCUUACCAAACUCAUGCCCACUGCUGCAGCAACCCAGGCACAGCAGUACUGCAGUAAAUAAGAGCACAGCGUCCUACAGCUAUGUGAUAGUCGGGGCUGGAUCUGCAGGCUGCGUGCUGGCCAACCGUCUGUCAGAGAACGCCUCCGAUUCGGUGCUUCUUCUGGAGGCGGGACCCAAAGACAAGCAGCUGGGAAGCACCCGUCUGUCCUGGAAAAUUCACAUGCCGGCCGCUCUGACCUAUAAUCUCUGCGACGACAAGUACAACUGGUUUUACCACACGCUACCUCAAGCACACAUGGACGGCAGGGUGAUGUACUGGCCUCGUGGCCGCGUCUGGGGCGGCUCGUCGUCGCUCAAUGCCAUGGUGUACAUUCGGGGGCACGCCGAGGACUACAACCGCUGGCAGAGCGAGGGGGCCGAGGGCUGGGGCUACGAUCACUGUCUUCCGUACUUCCGCAAGGCCCAGACACAUGAGCUGGGAGCGGACCGAUACCGAGGGGAUGACGGCCCACUGCAUGUGACGCGAGGAAAAACCAGUCACCCUCUGCACCACACAUUCAUCGAAGCGGGCCAGCAGGCCGGAUACCCCUUCACGGAUGACAUGAACGGAUUCCAGCAGGAAGGAGUGGGCUGGAUGGAUAUGACCAUCCACAGAGGUAAACGAUGGAGCACAGCUAGUGCUUACCUCAGGCCUGCGCUGUCUAGACCCAAUCUGAGAACAGAAGUGCGCUGCAUGGUGACCCGUAUUCUGUUUGAUGGGACGCAAGCAAGAGGGGUGGAGUACCAGCAGGAUGGACAGACGAAAAAGGUGUUUGCUGAUAAGGAGGUCAUUCUCAGCGGUGGAGCCAUAAACUCCCCACAGCUCCUCCUGCUGUCUGGAGUGGGAAACGCAGAUGAACUUCGCAAACAUGAUAUUCCCGUUAUACAGCAUCUUCCAGGUGUGGGCUGUAAUCUGCAGGAUCAUCUGGAGAUAUAUGUGCAGCAUCGCUGUACUCAACCCAUCACGCUCUACAAAGCCCAGAAGCCCUUCCACAUGGUGAAGAUCGGCCUGGAAUGGCUUCUCAGAUUCACAGGUUACGGUGCAACGGCUCAUCUGGAGAGCGGCGGGUUCAUUCGUAGUCGUCCCGGUGUUCCUCAUCCUGAUAUUCAGUUCCAUUUCCUGCCCUCUCAGGUCAUCGAUCACGGCCGUGUUAAAUCCAAGAUCGAGGCCUUCCAGGUUCAUGUUGGACCCAUGAGGAGCACGAGUGUUGGGUGGCUCAAACUGAAGAGUAGAGACCCGUUUGCCCACCCUAUCAUCCAACCCAACUACCUCUCCACCGACACAGACAUGUUGGAGUUCAGAGAAUGCAUCAAGCUCACACGGGAAAUCUUUGCUCAAAAAGCCUUCGACCCUUUCCGAGGCCCCGAGGUGCAGCCGGGCCCCGCCGUCCAAUCCGACGCAGAGAUCGAUGCUUUCAUCCGGCAGAAGGCAGACAGUGCCUACCACCCGUCCUGCACGUGUAAAAUGGGCAGCGCCUCGGACAGCAGGGCGGUGGUGGACCCUGCUCUGCGUGUGUUCGGUCUGCAGGGGCUGAGGGUGGUGGACGCCUCCGUUAUGCCCAGCAUGCUGAGCGGGAACCUGAACGCCCCCACCAUAAUGAUCGCUGAAAAGGCAGCGGAUGCCAUUAAAGGGAUUCCCUGGCUUCAGGACCCUGGAGUUCCUGUUUACCGGCCCACGACUCUCGAAACGCAGAGAUAAGAUGGCUUUGACUUGGCCGUCCAUGGUAAUGUAGGAGAACGUGUUUAGACUUUCAAAUAAUGGGAACAGUUGGGAGGCCAGAUUUUCCUGGUUUAAAUGAAUCAUUUUGCCACAUGAUCAAACCACACUUCAGUCUUAGGCAGCUUAGCUUCAUCCACAAAGUGACUGAUUUCAGUAUGUCUUAAAUUCAGAAGUGCAUUAUUAAAAUGAAUCAUUGCUAAUGCAUUUAUUGAAGUAUGACCAGACAUGAUCUUGAUCAUUUUCAUGAGAUUCCCUCCAUAAGUGUCUUAAUGAAACGUACUAAUAUCACACACUUUAAAGAAGAGCCAUUUGCAGCAUAUAUAUUUCCAGUUUGCAUUUCCACACUAUCAGUCUGACACAAUUAUGAUGUGUUAAUAAUCAGAAAUAAUACAUUUCAGCUGCUGAGCCUACA